AUGUACACAAUCGAGUUCCAAAAGAGAGGCUUGCCACAUGCCCAUAUUCUUAUAUUCUUGCAUCCAUAUAAUAAAUAUCUUGACCCAAGUGAUAUCGAUAGGAUAAUUUCAGUUGAGGUUCCAGAUCCCGUGAAACAACCGAGGUUGUAUAAUCUGGUCAAAGCGCACAUGGUUCAUGGUCCUUGCGGUUUGGCAAAUCCAAAAUGUUCAUGCAUGAAGGAUGGAAGGUGUACAAAGUUUUAUCCAAAGAAGUUCCAAGAUGUUAGGAUAUUUAAUCAAGGUGGAUAUCCAGUAUACAUAAGAAGAGAUAAUGGGCAUAAGAUUAAUAAGAAUGGAAUACAACUUCAUAGCGGUCAUGUUGUACCAUACAAUCCGAGUUUACUAAUGAAAUAUGUGUCUCCAAGUGAAGCAUGUUGGAGAAUCUUUUCAUAUUCUAUUCAUGGGAGGAAACCAGAUGUUGAAAGAUUGUUUUUUCAUUUGGAAGGUGAAAAUCCAGUGGACUACAAAGAAUUUGAACAAAUAGGAGAUGUCCUUCUUAAAGCAAGUGUAACUGAAUCAAUGUUUACUUCAUGGUUUGAUGUAAAUAAAGAAUAUGCGGAAGCGAAAUCAUUGACAUAUGGCCAAUUUGUCUCUAAAUUUGUUUAUGUCAAAAAAACAAGGACCUGGAAACCAAGGAAACGGGGUUACACCAUUGGUAGGUUAGUUUGGGUCCCACCGGCAACAGGAGAAUUGUAUUAUAUGAGGAUGUUGUUGACUGUUAAAAAAGGACCAACAAGUUAUGAUGAUCUCAAAACAUUUGAAGGUGUUAAACAUAAAAGUUUUCGGGAAGCAUGCUUUGCAAUGGGGUUUCUAUAA